UUAAAUUAUAGGGAAAAAAAAAAAAAUUUAAACCCUUAAAACCCUAACCAGGCUCAAAUCUUCUGGCAUCUGGCCAAAGACGGUUCGAUUUAGGGCCAGAGUCUGAUCGAAUUAUUCGUAAAUUUAGAAGCAAAAGGCUAUGGACGAGCCAGUGAAGGGAACGGUAACGCCGUUGUCCUCCAUAUUUCCGGCAGGGGAAGCCCAGAAAGCUUCCAAACGCGUCCACGACACAAUCACCGAGCGCCAGAAAGAGCUCGACCAAGUCCGGGAGUUCAUCGCCGAUAACACCAACCUCGUCAACCUCGUCCAGAAACUCCCCGAUGAACUCCACCACGACAUCAUGGUUCCGUUUGGGAAGGCGGCAUUCUUUCCGGGUCGUGUGAUUCACACCAAUGAAUUCCUGGUUCUCCUGGGAGAAGGUUACUAUGCUGAAAGAACAUCUAAACAAACCAUUGAGAUUUUAAAAAGAAGAGGUAAGGUGUUGGAGUCCCAAGUUGAAUCUCUUAAGUCCAUAAUGCAGGACCUUAAGGCUGAGGCUUCAUUCUUUGAUGCCACAGUUGCUGAAGCAGCGGAGGGUCUGGUAGAGAUAAGUGAAGAAUAUACUGAGGAAGUUCGAAUAGAAGAUACUUCUAAAGCAGGUCCCGCACAAUCAGAUUCUCCUAGAUUUUCCAAGAAGGACAACAUGAAAGCCGCAGUUGAAGGAGAAGAAUAUGCUCAUAUGAUGUCCAGGAUUGAUGAACUGGAGAAACCAGAACUUGCAGCUGAAGGUAUCAAUGGGUGUGAUGAAGAUGAAGAAUAUGCUCGUAUGAUGUCCAGGAUGGAUGAACUUGAGAAUGAAGAAUUUGUAGCUGAAACUGCCAGUGAGUGUGAUGAAGAUGGGAAAACCAGAGCUAAUUUUGGUCAUUCUACGAGUCAGCAAUCUCUUGAUGACAAGUGCCAAAAUUCAGAGGGGCAUCAGUUAAGUAAUCAGCUGAAGCAGUCAAAGGAUGAGCAUACCAGUAGGGAAGACUUGUUGAGUAAAAGUCAUGGUCGACAAAAAUUUUCGGAUCGGUUGAAUUUUGACGGUUUGAAGGUGCAACAUGUAUCUGAAGUUCCACAAGGUGAAUGCUUAGCCCUUUACAAGCCCGAUUCCACAGAGAAGGCUGCGGUGCUUCCUGAAUUAAAAGAGAAUGUACGAGCCGCACCUACCUCAACAAAGGAGGCUUUUACGGGUUCCAUCAUAGAGCACCCUCACAACAUUGAAAAGAAUCGUAGAGAACAAACUGAAGCUUCAUCUAAGUCUACUACUGGAACCUCCAAGCCAGUUUCCAGAUUUAAGAUGCAGAGAAGGUAGCCGAUGAAACUUUAUAAAUAUUCAAAAAUGAUGGGAGAAAGCUCUGUUAUUGUAGCUCGAGAAGUUUCUGAGCAGGCCCCAACCAUGUGAAAAAAAAAGAGGGUGCCAGAUAGAGAUCAAUGUCAUGGAAGAACAGAAGAAAGUAGGCUAUAUAUAUCCAUUAUUCAUGUAACCAUAUCAGGGCAACUGCUCGUCUUUGUGGGGGAUUCACUGGGCUAAUGUGAAAAAUAUCUGAUCACCACGUCGUUGUCCCAAUUUGCAGAUUUGUAUUCCUCUGGUGAUUUGGAUGUUGA